AUGCCUGGGCGGACGUGACCACAAGCGUGGACCCCGUCGCGCAGCUGGUGUGCGGCGUCGUCUCCUCCCUGAGUCCCUUCGCCCUCGGCACCGUCAUAUCGCCGACCUUUUUGGCACAAGCCUACUUGAAGUCCCUGGUGCAGGCUCCGGGUCGCCGGUUCACCCUCCUCUUGGACCUGCUGUUCUUGGAGCGGCCUGUGGAGGACGUGGUCGUCUCGGUGGUGCCUGCUGGGAGGGAAUACCACCACCCUCCACGUCCAAGGACACGCGACACGGCUUCUGCAGGGUCACAGUACAAAGGUGCUCAAGCGUGCCCGGCUCGGUGA